AAUAUUGUUCUUUUGGAAAAUAAAAUUUUCAUUAUUCUGGCUUUCACAUUUGGAAUAAAAGGUUUUUAAUUCUUAAUAAAUAAUUAAAAUAUUACGACAGACACAUCAUGAAUUUUCCAGAAGAAAAGCUUCGGACAAAAUCCUGUAACUUCUGACGGGGAAGAGUUGCCCUCUUAUUUUCUCAAAAGUGUUCCCAAUGAGAAAAUUUUCGUGUUCGGGAACGAUUUCCUGUAAUUUCUUACUCAGGCCUAUCACUGAAUCUACGAAUUCGAAUGCAUGCUACGAAUACGAAAAAAUUUCUAUCACUAAACCCGGGUGAACUCGAAAAUAUCGUUGCCAGCUUCGAAUGCUGCACUUUGAUGAUUUGAAAUCAGCAGGGCAGAGGAAACCAUAAGCCCAAAAUACAAUAACGCCGUGACAGUGGCAGCGGCAGUUUUUCGAAAUCAGCUGUUUUUAGAAAGUAUGGUGUCCAAUGAUGCGACUCACAAUACAGCAGUGGCAGCUAGCAGUACUGCUCAGAUUAGCCCAAAUUCUAAAUUCACUGCCACUGCCUUCAUGGCAGCAAACUUCGCAUGUUGAAUUUGGCAUAACUGAAACGCAGCCAACUUCUGUUUAUGUCUCUGAAGCCUAAAAGGCAACAACAAAAAUGUAAACAAACAAUAGGUAAUGUCAAAAAAGCCAGUCACUGACAACGCUGCUGCGGCAGUGACUGCCAAUUUUAGCAGUAACUGCUGAUUUUAAAAGCUGUCGCUGCCACUGCCACUGCGCUAUUGUAUUUUGGGCUAUAGAGACAUGUUUGGGAGUUACACUGCUUAUGUAGGCAGAAACAUUUGUGUGAAAAAUGAUCUCGCUAGAUGGCGCCAGGGUCGAAAUAUUUUUAAAACCCGUAUUUAUGGUCCGAUUUGGUUCAAAAUUAGCGUAGGGAGUUGAGACAUAAUCAGCCCAAUCCUAAAUAUUCCCGCGGAAUUUUUCCUUUGCGAAUUUUAAAAUCGUCUGAGAAAUAUUCCUCCAAUUCUAAACUGUCUCGGAGAGGGAUUUUUUAGGAGUAGGAUUUUUUCUCUUUCUAUCUUUCGAAAUCAGCUGUUUGCUUGUUGUUGAGAGUUUUUCGUUAAUUUACCAUUGUGAUUUUGCAUGUUUUGGCAAAACUUUAAAAAUUGUGGUUGAAUCAGAAACUUAAAAAUGAACAUCUUAGCGUUAAGUAUGUUAGUGAGAGAAAUUAAUGAAGAAGAAAGGCAACAAACCAAUGCGCAACGAGUGGCGAGGAGGAAACUCCGCGACUUGAUGAACCCCUUGGAGUUGCCUCAACAUUUGUUAGUAAAGGAGUUAAAAAAUACGUGUUAAAACAGCUAAAUAUUUUGUUUUCUACUUCUAUACGUAGAUUUGAAAAGUACUUCAGGUUGAAUAAACUGGCGUUUGAAUACUUGUUACAAGUGGUAACGACACAUACACAACCAGGUAGGAAGCAGUUUGCUGUUACACCGAUAGUGAAGUUGAGCCCCUGUUUGUGCUUUUUUUCGGAAGGUGGUUACCCGACAGGUGUGGGAAAAGACCACGACGUUGGACUAGCGCAGUAUAGUUUCUGCAAAGCACUCACCGACGUGCUACGUAUAUUUGAGACAUAUCUGUGCCCACGGUGGGUACAGUUUCCAGUGACAGCGGAAGAAAAAAGCAAAAUUGCACUGCUUUUUAUGUUAAACAUAAAAUUCCAGCUGUUGUCGAUUGUGUUGAUGGAACACACGUUAAAAUAAUUGCACCAUUCGAAAAUACUCACCUGUACUACAACAGAAAAGGAUAUUACAGUUAGAAUGUUAUGCUGGUACGUUCUUAAAGCGUUUAUGUGGAAAUUUUAAAUUAUUACUUUUAAUUACAGGACUAUGAAUUAAAUUCGUUACGUCGAUUCUUCUCAUCCGGGUGCUAGUCAUGACUCGCUAAUUUGGAACGUUAGCGACUUACGUUCACAUUUUGACCCGAAUUUUCGAUUCAUCCAAGAAAUUUCUAAUUAAAAGAUUUACAGAUGCAUUCUAUUGCUUUGCGUUUAGCAGCAGAAGAGGCGGAGCAGGAAGCUAGGCACGAAAGAAUUGCGCGAAGGCAACUAAGGGAUGACAUGAAUCCUUUCGAGUUACCUGAGUCUUUGUUUGAAAAGUACUACAGGGUGAACAAACCCGCAUUCAAGUACCUGUUGGACGUGCUGAUAGCAGUUUCAGAGCCUGCAAAAAAGAUUUUUGCAGUAUCCCCCUUAACAAAAUUAAGCGGGUGCUUACGGUUUUUUGCUGAAGGCGGGUACCAGACGGGAGUUGGAAAAGACUCCGAUGUAGCAUUGGCCCAAUCCAGUUUUAGCAAGGUACUAUCAGAAGUGUUAACUCUGUAUGAAAAUCACUUGUGCCCACAGUGGAUAAAAGUGAGCGAAGGCCAUGAAGAGAACCGGAAGAUAGCGCUAGCCUUUUACGCAAAACAUGGUAUUCCUGGUGUGGUUGGAUGCAUUGAUGGUACCCAUGUGAGGAUAAUUGCUCCACCACGAAACGCCCACCUUUACUACAAUAGAAAAGGUCACUACAGCCUAAACGUUAUGCUUCUUUGUGACAUUGAAAUGAGGAUUCGGUUCGUUGAUGCUUCCCAUCCUGGUGCAUGCCAUGAUUCCUUUAUUUGGAAUAGCGACUUGCGUGCCUGUUUUGAAAGGGAGUACUUGCGAGGAGGGAAUAACUUCUGGCUUUUAGCCGAUGCUGGAUACCCUUUGGAACCGUGGCUGUUAACACCUCAUAGAACUCCGGAGGAAGGUUCAACGCAAAUGAGGUUCAAUGAAGCACACGCAAAAUGUCGCAACAUUAUCGAACGGACCAAUGGUGUAUUGAAGAACAGGUGGAGGUGUAUCCUUGGUGCUCGAGAAUUGCACUAUACUCCCGAAAAAGCAGCAAAAAUUAUAUAUGUGUGUUGUGCGUUGCAUAAUAUAUGCAUUCAUUUUAAAGCAAGCACACACAUUAUUGAGUGUGAAGUACUGGAGCCGGUUGAAAUGAAUGCAACAUCAGUAGCAUCAUCGCAAUAUACUGCUGUAGCUCAAUCAACAAGAAAUAAUAUAGGAGCCUCCCUUUAAGUUAGGUAUAUAUAAAUUUAAAUAUUUAUGUACAUAUGGUCGCGACAUUUUAACAAGACU